CGUGUGCCCAACAGGAAUGUCACAGUUAUCUUUGACCCCUCCACACCCCAAAAGACACGGUGCCAUGUCAGCAGGCACUGUAACCGUGAUAAUGGGCCAGGGCUUCCACGGUGACCUUGGCGCCCCAUCGGAGCAUGUCGCGCUGACAUGGUCCCCAUUGUGUGGCGUCGUUACCGCCUCUCGGUGAAUCUGGAGCACGUCACCUGUGGCCGGCCUAAUCUCGCAGGCCGCUGGUCUUUAUUUAGAGCGACCCGCUCGGUAUCUGGUGGCUGUUUAUAUUACCCCAAAGUCCAUUCUAUGAUUACUAAUAUAUUUCCAAUGCCUCACUUUGCGACUCCACCUAAGCCUUCUCUGGGUAAUUGAGACCGACGCAUGACAUGCGUCUCUAGAAUAUCCCGCCAAAUAUUUUCUGUGUCUUGCUUUGUGUUUAAAAAACAAUACGAGCGCUUUGCAUUCACGGAAUACUCUGGAUUAUGUUUCAUCAUAUGAAGAAUGUUAACUAUCUUUUUUUUGUUUUGUUCCUGCUUUAUUUCUUUGUCAAUCUCCAGCUCACAAGUUUAUCUUUUGUAAAAAAAUAACUGAAUUAUAUUGAAUUAGAAUGUAAUAUAUUUAAAUAUUUUUAUAUUUUGUUCAAUUUAUGGAAUUCAAAACAGAUUUAUAAAACCUUGCUCAAGCUAUUUUCACUCGAGGAUUUAGCAAUAUUCUAAAAUGUACUAUUUAUGAUAAAUGUACAAUUAAGUUGUACUUGCUUACAUUUUUGAUUUAAUGAAAAAAAAUAAAAAGUGUUUUAAUAAUAUAAAAAAGUGCAGAUCAGCAGGGAAACAUGACAUAUUAAUACAUACACAUAUUUUUAAGAUUCAUGAUUUAUAUUGGUAAUAUUGCCCUCUGAGAGCAAACAGCUGUUUGAGCACAUUUCUUUGAAAGACAUGCCCGAUAAAUAAAAGACAAGGUCUCGCCGAUCAAUAAAUAAAUACAAUAUAUCAUAAAAAUACAAACAAAAUGAGAUUUGGUCUGAGGCGAGGAGGCGUCUGAUCAGUGCUGUGUGUAUUGUUCCUGUAACAGAAGCACACUUCAGGGAUGAUGAGAAAGGAAUUCCUCCCUGAGUCUAUUUCCAGAGUCAGUCGUGGUCCCCUGCUCCAGAGUACCUAUGAUUAAUGGCUGCCCUGCAUGGACCUCCUAAUAUGGCCUCGUCAGGAGACCCCCCACACCCCAGAUAGCACUCUGACCCGAUGAUUUCUUUAUUGCCCUGGGCCGCUCAUUAACCCCCUCCCCUCACUCACCCCCCUUAGCCCCACGCAGACACAAUAACAUUCCCGGACCCUGAACGCUCCUCCAUAUUUGGCGGAGGGGCUUUGUUUAUAAGGGGAACUUGCGGUGAAACCCCCCAACAGGUCGCCAUUCUAUCUCAAGGACCAGCACACCUCCAGUCUCCUCAGUAUAGGGACAAGGGCAAAACAAGGUGAAAAAAAAUGGGUGACGCUGUCAUGAGAGACUUCGGGGCGGCGGCCCCAUACCUGAGGAAGUCGGACAGGGAGCGCCUGGAGGCCCAGACCCGUCCCUUCGACAUGAAGAAGCAGUGCUUCGUCCCCGAUGUGGACGAGGAGUACGUGAAGGCGUCCAUCAUCAGCCGCGAGGGGGACAAAGUCACGGCGAAUACUGAGAGAGGGAAGACCGUCACGGUGAAGGAGUGCGACGUGCACCCUCAGAACCCGCCCAAGUUCGAUAAAAUCGAAGACAUGGCGAUGUUCACCUUCCUCCACGAGCCCGCCGUGCUGUUUAACCUCAAAGAGCGCUACGCGGCGUGGAUGAUCUACACCUACUCGGGGCUCUUCUGCGUGACCAUCAACCCCUACAAGGGGCUGCCGGUCUACAACCAGGACGUGGUCGUCGCCUAUCGAGGGAAGAAGAGGGCAGAAGCUCCUCCUCACAUCUUCUCCAUCUCUGACAAUGCCUACCAGUCCAUGCUGACCGACAGAGAAAAUCAGUCAAUUCUCAUCACUGGAGAAUCCGGUGCCGGGAAAACUGUCAACACCAAGAGAGUCAUCCAGUACUUUGCCAGCAUCGCUGCUGCAGGCGGAAAGAAGGACGCAGGCACUGACAAGAAGGGUACCCUGGAGGAUCAAAUCAUCCAGGCCAACCCUGCUCUGGAGGCCUUUGGGAAUGCCAAGACCAUCAGGAACGACAACUCUUCUAGAUUUGGCAAAUUCAUCCGAAUCCACUUUGCCGCCAGUGGAAAGCUGGCCUCAGCGGACAUCGAGACCUAUCUGCUGGAAAAGUCCCGUGUCACCUUUCAGCUUAAGAAUGAGAGAGAUUACCACAUCUUCUAUCAGAUUCUGUCUCAGAAGAAACCGGAGCUGCUCGAAAUGUUGCUCAUCACCAACAACCCCUACGACUACGCCUUCAUCUCCCAAGGAGAGACGACAGUAGCCUCCAUCAAUGACUCCGAUGAGCUGGUGGCCACGGAUGAUGCCUUUGACGUGCUGGGCUUCACUCAAGAAGAGAAGAAUGGCAUCUACAAGCUGACCGGUGCCAUCAUGCAUCACGGCAACAUGAAGUUCAAGAACAAGCAGCGCGAGGAGCAGGCGGAGGCCGAUGGCACCCAAGACGUCGACAAAGUCGCAUAUCUGAUGUGCCUGAACUCCGCCGACCUCAUCAAAGGUCUCUGUCACCCGAGAGUCAAAGUAGGAAACGAGUGGGUCACCAAGGGACAAACUGUCCAGCAGGUGUACUAUGCUGUUGGCGCACUGUCUAAGUCAGUGUAUGAGAAGAUGUUCAUGUGGAUGGUGGUGAGGAUCAACCAAUCCCUGGACACCAGGCAGCCUCGCCAGUACUUCAUUGGUGUUCUGGAUAUUGCCGGAUUUGAAAUCUUUGAAUACAACACCUUUGAGCAGCUGUGCAUCAACUUCACCAAUGAGAAGCUGCAACAGUUUUUCAACCACCACAUGUUUGUGCUGGAGCAGGAAGAGUACAAGAAAGAGGGCAUUGAAUGGACUUUCAUAGAUUUCGGUAUGGACUUACAGGCCUGUAUUGACCUGAUUGAAAAGCCCAUGGGUAUCAUGUCCAUCCUUGAAGAGGAGUGCAUGUUCCCCAAAGCCUCUGAUGCCACCUUCAAAGCAAAGCUCUAUGACAACCAUCUGGGGAAAUCUGCCAACUUCCAGAAGCCCAGAGUUGCCAAAGGAAAACCAGAGGCCCAUUUUGCCCUGAUGCACUACGCUGGAACUGUUGACUAUAACAUUAACAACUGGCUGGUGAAGAACAAGGAUCCCCUGAACGAGACCGUUGUAGGACUCUACCAGAAGUCUAAUCUCAAGUUUUUAUCUUCCCUCUUCAUUAAUUAUUCGGCAUCCGUAGGAGAUGGAAAAGGGAAAGGAAGCAAGAAGAAGGGUUCAUCCUUCCAAACGGUGUCUGCCUUGCACAGGGAGAACCUGCACAAACUGAUGACCAACUUGAAGUCUACUCACCCUCACUUUGUGCGCUGCAUCAUCCCCAAUGAGACCAAGACUCCCGGGGCCAUGGAGAACCCUCUGGUGAUGCACCAGCUGCGCUGCAACGGUGUGCUGGAAGGCAUCAGGAUCUGCAGGAAGGGCUUCCCCAACAGGAUCCUCUAUGGGGAUUUCAAACAGAGAUAUCGCAUCCUGAAUCCUGCUGCCAUCCCCGAUGGACAGUUCAUUGACAGCAGGAAGGGAGCUGAGAAACUUCUUGGUUCUCUGGAUAUUGAUCACAGUCAGUACAAGUUUGGACACACAAAGGUGUUCUUCAAGGCUGGUCUUCUUGGGCUACUGGAGGAGAUGAGGGAUGACCGCUUGUCACUCAUCAUCACUGGAAUCCAGGCAAGAGGAAGAGGGCUCUUGGCGAGACUAGAAUACAACAAGAUCUUUGAAAGGAGAGAUGCACUAUAUGUGGUCCAGUGGAACAUCCGUGCCUUCAUGGGGGUCAAGAAUUGGCCCUGGAUGAAGCUCUUCUUCAAGAUCAAACCUCUGUUGAGAUCUGCCGAGGCAGAAAAAGAGAUGGCAACCAUGAAGGAAGAAUUCCUGAAGCUGAAAGAGGCUUACGCAAAAUCUGAAACUCGUAGAAAGGAACUAGAGGAGAAAAUGGUCUCUCUUCUUCAAGAGAAGAACGACCUGCAGCUCCAUGUCCAGGCUGAGCAAGAUAAUCUUGCAGAUGCUGAAGAAAGAUGUGAGGGGCUGAUCAAGAACAAGAUUCAGAUGGAGGCAAAAGCCAAAGAGCUGUCUGAGAGACUGGAGGAUGAGGAGGAGAUGAAUGCUGAGCUGACUGCUAAGAAGAGGAAGCUGGAGGACGAGUGCUCUGAGCUGAAGAAGGACAUCGAUGACUUGGAGUUAACUCUGGCUAAAGUGGAGAAAGAGAAGCAUGCCACCGAGAACAAGGUGAAGAACCUGGUGGAAGAGAUGUCUGCUUUGGAUGAAAUCAUUGCCAAGUUGACCAAGGAAAAGAAAGCUUUACAGGAAGCUCACCAGCAAGCGCUGGAUGAUCUGCAGAGUGAAGAAGACAAAGUCAACAGUCUGACGAAGGCCAAGGCCAAGCUGGAGCAGCAGGUGGAUGAUCUUGAAGGUUCCCUUGAACAAGAGAAGAAGAUUCGGAUGGAUCUGGAAAGAGCGAAGAGGAAACUAGAGGGCGAUUUGAAAUUGACCCAGGAGAGCUUAAUGGACCUGGAGAAUGACAAGCAGCAACUUGAAGAGCGUCUGAAAAAGAAAGAUUUUGAAGUUAGUCAGCUCAACAACAAGAUAGAAGAUGAGCAGGCCAUAACAAUUCAGCUUGAAAAGAAAUUGAAGGAGCUCCAGGCCCGCAUCGAGGAGCUGGAGGAAGAGCUGGAGGCAGAGCGAGCUGCCCGAGCCAAGGUGGAGAAGCAGAGGGCAGAACUGUCCAGAGAGCUGGAGGAGAUCAGCGAGAGGCUGGAGGAGGCCGGCGGAGCGACGUCCGUCCAGAUCGAGAUGAACAAGAAGAGGGAGGCCGAGUUCCAGAAACUCCGCAGGGACCUGGAAGAGGCCACUCUGCAGCACGAAGCCACCGCCGCCACGCUCCGGAAGAAACAAGCCGACAGUGUGGCCGACCUCGGGGAGCAGAUCGACAACCUGCAGAGGGUCAAGCAGAAACUGGAGAAGGAGAAGAGUGAGCUCCGACUGGAGCUGGAUGACGUGGUCUCCAAUAUGGAACAUAUUGUGAAGACAAAGACAAAUCUAGAGAAGACAUGCAGGACUGUGGAAGAUCAGAUGAAUGAAUACAAAACAAAGUUCGAAGAGGCUCAACGCUGGAUCAACGACUUCAACAUGCAAAAAGCAAAACUUCAAACGGAAAACGGUGAGCUCACGAGGCAGCUGGAGGAGAAGGAGUCUCUGGUGUCUCAGCUGACAAGAGGGAAGUUGUCCUACACUCAACAGGCUGAAGACCUAAAGCGGCAACUAGAAGAGGAGACCAAGGCAAAAAGUGCCCUGGCCCACGCGCUGCAGUCCGCCCGCCACGACUGCGACCUGCUGAGGGAGCAGUACGAGGAGGAGCAGGAGGCCAAGGCCGAGCUGCAGCGCGGCAUGUCCAAGGCCAACUCGGAGGUGGCUCAGUGGAGGACCAAGUACGAAACUGAUGCCAUCCAGAGAACCGAGGAACUGGAGGAGGCCAAGAAGAAGCUGGCCCAGCGGCUGCAGGACGCCGAGGAGGCCGUCGAAGCGGUGAACGCUAAGUGUUCGUCUCUGGAGAAGACCAAACACAGGCUGCAGAAUGAGAUCGAAGAUCUCAUGGUGGACGUGGAGAGGUCUAAUGCUGCUGCUGCUGCUCUGGACAAGAAGCAAAGGAACUUUGACAAGGUCCUGUCUGAGUGGAAGCAGAAAUACGGAGAGACCCAGUGUGAGCUGGAGAGCUCCCAGAAGGAGGCCCGGGCUCUGAGCACCGAGCUCUUCAAGCUGAAGAACUCUUACGAGGAGUCUCUGGAUCACCUGGAGACCAUGAAGAGAGAGAACAAGAACUUACAGGAGGAGAUUUCUGACCUCACUGAGCAACUCGGUGAGAGCGGGAAGAGCAUCCACGAACUGGAGAAGUUACGGAAACAACUGGAGCAGGAGAAGAGUGAGAUCCAGUCUGCUCUUGAGGAAGCUGAGGCCUCCUUGGAGCACGAGGAGGGCAAGAUCCUCAGAGCCCAGUUGGAGUUCAACCAGAUCAAAGCCGACAUGGAACGGAAGCUCGCCGAGAGAGACGAGGAGAUGGAGCAGACCAAGAGGAACCUGCAGAGGACGAUCGACACCCUGCAGAGCUCUCUCGAAGCCGAGACUCGCAGCAGGAACGAGGCUCUCCGUCUGAAGAAGAAGAUGGAGGGAGACCUCAAUGAGAUGGAGAUCCAGCUGAGUCAAUCCAACAGGCAGGCAGCGGAGGCCCAGAAGCAGCUCAAGGCUGUCCACGCACAUCUGAAGGAUUGCCAAAUUCAGCUGGAUGAGGCCGUUCGGGCCAAUGAUGAUCUCAAAGAGAACAACGCCAUGGUGGAGAGGCGCAACAACCUGCUUCAGGCUGAGCUGGAGGAGCUCAGGUCUGCUCUGGAGCAAACGGAGAGAGGUCGCAAACUUGCCGAGCAAGAGCUGCUGGACGUUAGUGAAAGGGUGCAGCUACUGCACUCUCAGAACACUGGCCUGAUAAACCAGAAGAAGAAACUUGAGAUUGACGCUUCCCAGCUUCAAAGCGAAGUGGAGGAGGCGGUGCAGGAGUGCAGAAAUGCCGAAGAGAGGGCCAAGAAGGCCAUCACUGACGCCGCCAUGAUGGCAGAGGAGCUGAAGAAGGAGCAGGACACCAGCGCUCACCUGGAGCGCAUGAAGAAGAACAUGGAGCAAACCAUCAAAGACCUGCAGCACCGUCUGGACGAAGCCGAACAGAUCGCCUUGAAGGGAGGCAAGAAGCAGGUGCAGAAGCUCGAGGCCAGGGUGAGGGAUCUGGAGGGCGAGGUGGAGUCGGAGCAGAAGAAGAGCAGUGAAGCCGUGAAGGGAAUGCGUAAAUAUGAGCGACGCAUCAAAGAGCUCACGUACCAGACUACAGAGGACCGCAAGAACAUGGUGCGUCUGCAGGACCUGGUGGACAAGCUGCAGCUGAAGGUCAAAGCCUAUAAGAGAUCUUCUGAGGAGGCGGAGGAGCAGGCUAACGUCCACCUGGGCAAGUUCCGCAAGCAGCAGCACGAGCUGGACGAGGCCGAGGAGCGAGCGGACAUCGCCGAGUCCCAGGUCAACAAGCUGCGGGUCAAGAGCCGGGACAUGGGGCCAAAGAAGGGGCUGGAUGAGGAGUGACGGCCACCGAAGCCCUCCGAGGAUCUCCUGCGCUGCGGUCCCCUUUGUCCUCAAAGUGCUUCUGUGGAAUAAAGAAACGGUGCAUUCAAA